AUGGUCUCGUUUCGUGAUAAUUCGGGGUCAUGGAAGGACGCUGUGAGUGUCCUAUCUAUUGUGGUUGCCUGCUAUUCCGCUUACAAGUACUGUCGAAUCGUGCAUAAAUCAAAAAUACCGCCAGUGAAGACGGGUGUUGAGGAGUUGAUAGGGAACACACCAUUGGUACUCAUAAAAUCGCUAUCAAAUGCAACUGGCUGCAAUGUUUACGCGAAGUUGGAGCUGUGCAAUCCGGCAGGCAGUGCGAAAGACAGAGUCGCCUACAAUGUCAUUAAAAUGGCUGAAGAAAAGGGCGAACUUGUUAGGGGAAAACCUGGAUGGGUGUUCGAAGGCACAAGCGGAUCGACAGGUAUCUCGAUCGCCAUGCUAUGCAAUGCUCUAGGUUAUAAAGCCCAUAUAUCGUUACCAGAUGAUACUUCCAAUGAAAAGCUUGCCCUCUUGGAAAGUUUAGGCGCCGUAGUCAACAAGGUGAAACCUGCCAGUAUUGUGGAUUCAAACCAGUAUGUUAAUGCUGCCAAAAAAGCUUGUGAGCUAGCUGUGGAAAAGGGAGAGCGUGGUGUAUUUGCCGAUCAGUUUGAGAACGAGGCAAAUUGGCGGAUACACUAUGAGACAACGGGACCUGAGAUUUACCAGCAGACGGGCGGUAAGUUAGGUGUUUUCAUUGCUGGAUGCGGUACCGGCGGUACCAUAACAGGUGUGUCUAGGUUCUUGAAGGAAAAGAUGAAGAAGAAACCUCUUGUUGUGCUAGCUGAUCCUCAAGGUUCAGGUUUUUACAACAGGAUAAACUACGGGGUCAUGUACGAUAUCGUAGAGAAGGAGGGAACCAGGAGACGGCAUCAAGUGGACACUAUUGUGGAAGGUAUAGGAUUGAACAGGAUAACGAGGAACUUCCAGCUCGGGGAGGUUUACAUCGACGAGAGUGUACGUGUCACCGACGAUCAGGCACUCAGAAUGGCCAAAUUUCUCAUGGUGAAUGAUGGAAUCUUUACCGGUAGCAGCACAGCCAUUAACGCUGUCGCUGCCGUAAAGAUGGCGAAGAAAGUACAGCCCGGAACGACCAUUGUUAUAAUUGCAUGCGACGCAGGCUCAAGACAUCUCAGUAAGUUCUGGAAACUCGCUAAAGAGGUCGAUUCCAAUAUUACGCUAGAGCAAGUAAUAGGAGAGUAG